AUGCCGCCGAAAAAGGGAGGCAAGAAGAACAAGGAUGACGACUGGGGUGAUGAUGCUCUCGAGAAGAAACUGGCAGCAGUUAAAUUGAUGGAAGCUCAAGAGAAGGAAGACGCUGCAUGGGAUGAUGAAAGUGAUGAUGAACCAGCUCCACCACCACCACCAAAAGCUAACCGUGCGAAAGCAGCUUUCGCUAUGUUGAUGGAUGACGAUGACAACAGCGACAAAUCCGAAUCUGAACCUGAAGCUGAACCUUCUCCAGUUAAGAAGCCUGAGCCCAAAAAAGCAGAGCCCAAGAAAGAGAAGGCUGAAAAAACAGAAUCCAAAAACGAGAAGAAGAAGGGAAAGAAAGGAAAGAAGGGAAAUCAAGAAGAAGAGGAUGAGCUUGAUGCCAUUCUGGCUAAUCUCGAUAAGCCUGUUGAGAAAGAACCUACUGGAAAAGGUAAAAAGAAGGGUGCAAAAGCUGAACAAGCUCCAAAGGAAGAAAAUCUACCUCAAACUGGUGAGGUAGCAGCUGAGGAAUCUCAGCCUGCUCAAGCCGAAGCUGCAGAAGGAGAAGCUGCUGCUGAAGACGAAGGCAAAAAGAAAAAGAAGAAGAAGAAAGAUAAAAAGAAGGAUGGUUCGGAAGAAACUGAAGAACAGAAAGAAGCUACUCCGGUGAAUGAAGAGGGUGAUGAAGGAAAUGCUGGUGAAGAUGCUACAGGUGAAGAAGCUACUGGUGAUAAGAAAAAGAAGAAGAAGAAGAAGGACAAAAAAGAAAAGAAAGAAGGGGAGGAUAAGCCCAAGAAAAAGAGUCAUGUUGAUAUGAUCAAAGAGUUAUUGAGAGCCAAGAAGGAAGCCGAAGAGGCUGAAGCUCUACGUGUUCAACAAGAACAAGAUAGAAUCGACCAAUUGGAAAGAGAAAGAGAGGAGCAGGAGCGAAUUGCUAGAGAGAAACGAGAAGCUGACAAAGAGCGCAAGAGACUUGCCAUCCUGAAACAGAAAGAAGAAGGUGUCUACAAAACAGCUAAGGAAAAAGAAAAAGCUAAGAUCGCUGCAGCCAAAUUUGCUGCUGCUGGAAUUGAUAUUUCCACCAUUGGUCAUGGAGGGCCACCACCAAAGCCAAUCGUUUAUAUGGACAAGAGAACCAUGAAGAAACAGAAACAGAGAGAAGCUGCUAAGGCUGCUGCUGAAGAGAGUAAAGCCGAAGAAGCAAAGAACGAAGCAGACGAGAAAAAUGAUGCUUCUCAACAAGCUGAGGAACCUUUGGACGACUGGGAAAUGGCUGAUGUUGAAGACAUCAAGUCUGCUACACCCUCCGAAGCUGCUCCUGCUCCUAAAGAAUCUACUGUUAAGAAGGUUACUAAACAACCGUCUGCUGAAAAAGAGGAAUCUUCCGAAGAUGAUUCAAGCGAUGAUGAUUCUAGCAGUGAAGAAGAAUCUUCGAGUGAGGAUGAGGGACCUCGUGGAAAAGAAACCAAAGAACAAAUCAAAGAGCGAGUUAAAAAUAGACUGCAGAAACGUCGUGAGACUAAUGAAGCUAAGCGCAGUGUGGACAAGCUAAGAGCUCCUGUAAUUUGUGUCCUUGGUCAUGUAGAUACAGGAAAAACCAAAAUGUUGGACACAAUUCGUCGCACACAUGUACAAGAAGGAGAAGCUGGAGGAAUCACUCAACAGAUUGGAGCAACUCGUGUACCAGAUGAGGCGAUCAAGGAGAGAUGUAGAUUGAUAUCUGAUUUCAACGCGGACGCGAUGAAGCUACCUGGAUUCCUCAUUAUUGAUACACCUGGUCACGAAAGUUUCUCAAACCUCCGCUCUCGUGGUUCGUCUCUGUGUGACUUCGCCAUUCUUGUUGUUGAUUUGAUGCACGGAUUGGAAGCUCAGACUUUAGAGUCUCUAAAAAUGCUACUGAAAAGGGAAACCCCAUUUGUUAUAGCUUUGAACAAGAUUGAUCGUUUGUAUGGCUAUGAGUCCAACCCUAGGAAAGAUGUUUAUCAACAUCUUAAAUCUCAAACUCAUAACACUCAAAUGGAAUUCAAAGACAAGUGCAACCAAGUUAUUGCCCAGUUUGCGGAACAGGGAUUGAACGUUUGCUUGGGAACUGAGAAUUUGAAAGAUCCAGAUUACAUAAAGAUGGUUCCCACUUCUGCCAUGACAGGAGAUGGAAUAGGAAACUUGAUGUCUUUCAUUGUCAACAAGUGCCAGACUGAACACGCAGUCAAGCUUUCAUUCUGUGAGGAGCUGGAUGCUUCUGUUAUGGAGGUCAAAGUAAUCAGCGGAUUGGGUACUACAGCCGAUGUCAUUCUUGUUAACGGUUAUUUGAGAGCUGGAGAUAUAUUGGUUUUAACUGGGUUAGACGGAGCUAUCAUAACCCAAGUUAGGGACCUGUUAAUGCCUGAACCUCUGAAAGAGCUGAGAGUUAAGAAUGAAUAUGAACGAUACAAAGAAGUCAAAGGAGCUCAAGGAAUCAAACUGUUGGCUAGAGGUUUAGAGAAGGCAGUCGCCGGUUUGCCCAUCUUUGUUGCUCACAAUGAAGAUGAAGUUGACUUUUUGAAGGAGAAGGCUGAGUUACAGUUAAGUAAAGCUUUGACUUCAAUUAAGAAGAAAUCGGAAGGAGUAUACGUCAUGGCCAGUACUCUUGGUUCAUUGGAAGCUCUGCUUGAAUUCUUGAGAACACAGAAGAUUCCUUAUUCUAAUGUUAACAUUGGACCAGUACAUAGGAAGGACGUGCAGAAAGCAGCUGCCAUGAAAGAGCAUAAUUCAGAAUACGCUUGUAUUCUUGCGUUUGACGUUAAAGUAGAAAGAGACGCUCAGAUCUUUGCAGAUCAUGAGGGAGUGAAGAUCUUCCAAGCUGACAUCAUUUAUCAUCUUGAAGAUAGUUUCUUAAAAUACAAAGAAGACCUCCGGUUAGCAGCUAGAAAAGAAAAUGAGCACAAAGCAAUCUAUCCUUGCAAACUCAAAAUUCUACCACAACAUAUUUUCAAUGCCCGUAAUCCCAUUGUGUGCGGAGUAAACGUCGAAGCUGGACUACUCAAACGAGGAACUCCCAUUUGUGUUCCUAGCAAAGAUAGAAUCUACAUAGGAACCGUAUCUUCCAUCCAGCGUAAUCAUGAGGAAGUCCCAACUGCUAAGAAAGGAGAUGAGAUUUGUAUCAAGAUUGAUAAUACAACUGGAGAAGCUCCUAAACUGUACGGACGUCAUUUCAAUCAUGAAGAUAUUCUUGUUAGUAUGAUUACCCGUGACUCCAUAGAUGUCUGUAAGACAUAUUUCCGUGAUGACUUAGCACGGGAAGACUGGCAAUUAGUUGUUGAAUUGAAGAAGGUUUUGGAUAUAAUGUAA